UCAAACAGAAAACACCAAAAACAUUUUUAAAUAUAAGAAAAAUACAAAAAAAAUUGCAAAAUGGAUCCAGUGCAACGGGAAAAGGAAUUGAUUAAAAUGGAAUUGCCAAGGACGAGGGUGCUCGUAACCACCAGCAGAGCGGAUUAUGUGGACCAUACUGGAAGAGCCGUUUACAAUCCCCCGAUUAGGAAAGCCCAAGAGGAUCCCUCUCUAAUAAGUGGUCACUACUGCGCAAAUCUAAAGGUUGGUGGCAUGGAAUAUAAAACAAAGACAUGGCCCCAAUCAAUGGACUGGCGGGAGGACUACGCACAGUUCAUCAAGCGGAACAAGUGGUGUAACGAAAGGAUCUACAAGCUAUUUUUUAUGUAUCCGCCUGUAAACUUCCGAAUUCUAAAGGACUUUGUGAAGGAGCUUCGUAGAACGGUGUACAUGAACGAUUACUCUCGGAACGACUUCGUUUCCUUUGUAAGUCGACGGCGCUAUAGGAACAAAAGAGGUUACUCUCUCAAGGACGAGGACUACCGGACCACAUAUGGGUGCUAUUACAAUUGCCUGCAGGAAACCGAGCCGUUUAAGAGCUCCUUCUAUCCAGAACGUUGGCUAAAGGACACGACUCUGGACAAAAUCGCCACCGAUUUACGAAAACUUUUCACAAAGUACAAUUUGACCACCUAUUUUGAUACCAUAUGCGUGCCGGCCUUGAUGAAAGCUAAAAACGGUGUAAUGCCCUCCACACCAAUUGACCGGUAUCAAUUUCGCAAAUAUUAGCCUGGUGUCCAUACUUACACGU